AUGCCGUCCGUGGGCGCAGACAGCAUAGAAACGCUGCUGUCCAUGCGGUCCUCUUUGGAGGGCCCCCCCUCUCCCCAGUUCCACCUGCCAACUUCCUACCCAGCCGAGAAGAUCCAGCGCACCGUUUACGUCUCCGACCUGUCCCAGGACCUGACGGAGGCCGCCAUCUCCGCCGCGUUCCUGUCCUGCGGUUCCAUCGUGGACUGCCGCAUCUGCGGCGACACCCAGGGGCCCCUCCGCUUCGCAUUCAUCGAGUUCUGCAGCGUGGAGGCUGCCCAGAAGGCGGUGAGCCGGAGCGGGCAGCUAGUGGGGAACUGCAUCGUCCGUGUCAGCCCGAGCAAGACUGCUAUCGUGCCCGUCAGCAACACAUACCUACCCCGCUCGAGCAGCGAAUGGGAGCAAGUGGCGCGCACUGUGUAUGUGACCAACGUUGAUCGCCGGCUGGAGAGGGAGGCGCUCCGGACUUUUUUCUCCGAGGCAUGUGGCCCGGUGAGCCGCCUCCGCCUGCUGGGGGAUGGGCACCACGCCACCAAGAUCGCUUUUGUCGAGUUCUUCUCGCGCUCCAGUGCGCACCAGGCCCUGACCUGCUCGGGCACCAUGUUGGGCGGCUCCCCCCUGCGAGUCUCGCCCUCCAAAACCCCGCUGCGCACCGGCAGCGGCAGUUCCAGAUCCGGCAGAUCGUCGCUGUCUUGA